AAAACAGCAAAGACAUGAAGACCGUUUACUUCUUACUAUUGAUCGUUGGUGUAGUAAGGGCCCAAAUACCCUUGUUUGGGUUCUGCCCUGAAUACCUUCCAAUGGCGGAUUUCGACAUGGAGAGGUUUUUGGGAAAAUGGUACGAAUCAGAGAGAUAUUUCCAGUUCUCCGAACUCGCAAGCAGAUGCGUCGUCACCGACUAUGCCAGAGCUCCAAGUGGAAGAAUCUACGUCUCCAAUGAAGUCACCAACAGAAUUACUGGAGUUAAAAGAGUUAUAGGAGGAAACUUGGAACUGACUGGAAAAGGGAACGAGGGCAAACUUAACGUCAAAUACGCCACCACACCUUUACCAACGGAAUCCACUUUGACCGUGUUGGAUACCGAUUACGACAACUAUGCUGUAGUGUGGUCUUGCAACGGAUUUGGGCCUGUGCACGCGCAAAGCGCUUGGUUGAUGACCAGGGAACGUCUCGCCCCAGGACCAGUCCUCCAAAAGGCUUACGGAGUUUUGGACAAAUUCAAGAUCUCUCGCACUUUCUUCGUUAGAACCGAUCAAGAAGGUUGCGCCAUCGCCGCCUCCGAUAUUAAUGCUGCUCAAGGAAUCACCCCGAUUUCCACGGUACCGGAAUCCACGGGAGUCGAGCAAAAAAUUAAGGAUCAGGGAAAAAACGUGGAAGCCCCUGAGAAAGUCGAACAAGUGGCCGAAGUAAUCAUCAAGAAAGCCGAAUUAGUCGAACCGGUUUUGGAGAAAACCGAGGAGAACGCUGUUAAGUUGUAGUUUAUCUGCAAAUAAUGUACAAAUUGCCUAUUAGUAUUAUUUAUUAUCAAACUAAAUAAACAUAUA